AUGCGGAGGGAUACAAUUGUUGUCGCAGCUGCCUUGCUGAUGCAGCCAGCCUUCGCGGGUUUUAUCCAGCCUGCACUGCAAGCUCUCACAUGGAAAUUCAACGGUACCGAUUUUUGGGCACCCGUUCAUCUCGAUUCAGCGGUGUACCAUUUGCAAAGCCGUGCUGGGGUCAUCACAAACUCGCUCAGUAAACGGGGCUCAUCGUCUGGUGGUUACCUCGGGUGCACUGUUCUUACCAUCUCAGACCCCAUCGAAAGUCUUUCAUCCGCCAUUUUGGAUAGCCUCCUUUCUGAGUAUGAAAUAGACGAUGUUUGGAGCGCCGAGCAGUUUCUUGACUGUCUGUUUAUACAGUACAAUGGGACCAAGAACGGAGUCGCUUUAAGCUCAUCUGUCGCCGAUUCACUUGGCAGGCAUGGAGUAGAGCAUUUGUUCCUUCACUCAGCAUUCAAUGCUACCGGCCUCGCAACUACCGUAGGUGUUUCGAUUGUUGAAUCUAACUGUGAGCUGGGUAACGGCCCUUACGUUGUGACCUUGCCGGACUGUGAAGAGGGUGGUUUGUCUAUGACCCCAGUUUACGCCCUGCAUCCAGACAAUUAUGAAGCCUUCAUGUAUGGUUCCUAUGUGGAUGCAACCGAGGCGGGCAGGCACCAGCAGCUUCAUGUAUCUUUGCCGGGGACCCGAGUACCAGAUAUCAUUGUGCCAUCCAGGCUCUCAUCAACUACGCCUGUUGCAGGGCCAUUGGCUGGUCUUCGUUUCGGCGUCAAGGACAUCUUCCACAUCAAAGGGUUGAAAACCUCUGGUGGAAGUCGUGCCUACUACGAGGCGUAUGGCUACCAGAAUUACACAACUGAGACGGUCCAACUGUGCGAGAACGCCGGUGCCUCCCUGAUUGGUAAACUGCGCACAAUUACCUUCGCGCUCGGCACACCACGGAACGGCAUGUCGGUGGAUUUUCAUGAUCCCUGGAAUGCUCGCGGUGACGGGUACAUGUCUACUGGCGGCAGCUCGUCUGGAUCUGGGGCCGCUGUCACGGCCUAUGACUGGGUAGACUUCGCUCUGGGGUCGGACACUGGUGGUAGUGUGCGCUUCCCUGCUCGGUUCGGUGGUGUGUACGGCUACAAGCCCACCCAUGGGAUCUACAAUCUGACUGGAAUCCUCGUUGCAAUCGCGGAGCAGGACACGCCGGGUUUUCUUGCCCGCUCCCCCGGGAUCUUCACUCGUGUUGGCCGCGUGUGGGCGGAUGGCAAGCCGCUGGCACCGUCGCCGGAGGUUUUGCCACGCAAGAUGCUGCGCUAUGACGAGCAAGCGGCGUUCACCCAACCUGCCGCCGCGGAGAUGAUCAAGAAUUUCUUCGUCCACAUGGCUCGUGUUCUAGAUCUCUCAGACAACCAGUCCGUCAAUAUCACGAAGAGAUUCCUGGAUAGCAAUGUCAGCGAAACCGCCAGCCCCCAAACCCCAGCGGUGUGGAUGAACAAUGUAUACUCAGAUCUGAACAACGUGCAGGGCUGGGACGAAAUCGGCGCUCCCCUGGCUACUGCGUACGGCGAGAUUCCGGGCCGCGAGGGCGCAUUCCCGCCCAUCGAGCCUCCGGUCAACAUGUCGUGGACAGAUGGCCGAGAUCCUACCACUCGGGCGCGAUACCCUGAGUCGCAGCGUCGCCGCCAGGUAUUUGGUGAUUGGUUCAAUAGGGAGAUCCUACCCGGGAACAAUGAAACGUGCAGCGAGUACCUCUUCGCGCACAGCUACCACAUCCCACCAAACACGGUCAAGACUGAUCCUGCCGAGGCUCGAUAUGUAACGGGGUGGUACGACGGGCUGUAUGUCAACUACGCAAAGAUGCCGGAAAUCGUGGUGCCAAUUGGACAGAUAGAGUACCGAAGCAAGUAUACCAACAGAACCGAGUGGCAAACCGUUACCGUGGCUUUGGGUGUGGCGAAGGGUUGCGAUCUGGUUCUUUUUGAUGUCGUCGAUAAGUUGGCAGAGGCAGGGCUUCUCAAGGAGGUGAUGGCUGGAGUUUUGGCGUAUCCCUUGACAUAG